AUGCUCUCUCUGAAGAAAGACCCAUGGAAGGCGGGACUUGCCAUCCACUGGUCCGCCGCACUUCAUGCCCUACGGGCGGCCCUCUACGAGGGACGUGCGGGGGCAGAGGGCAGGGCCCAGAUCUUCUGCCACUCUGAGGGGGAUGCCACUGUCCCUCCAGAUGUCCACGGUUCCCCGCCAGGGCAAGGUGCGCGCCCUGGCGCGUGGCGCCGCGGAACUCCGACAGGGGGCGCCGGAGUCCGGCCUCAUGCGCGGCGGCCUCGGCGGCCGGAAGUCCCGCCCCGACGUCCCGGGAAAGGGAAGGCGGGAACUGCGGAAAUAGAAAAAGGACCGGCCCCGCGACCUCUCUUCGCUGACGCCGUCUUUGGUCCUGACUCCGAGCUCGCUCUCACGGUCGACCUCGGCCCCGACCCCGCUCUCAACCUGGCCUCGUCAUCCCACCCUCGCUGCCCGGUCUCCGCAGCCUCGGACGCUACUGCGUCCUGGGCGACCAAAGGUCGCGUGCGGCUGUUGCAGGCGGUGGACACGGAGUACACCGCGGACUCGGUGGAGUGGUGCCCGCUGGAAGGGCGCAGGCACUUGCUGGUCUGCGGCACCUACCAGCUCCGGAAGCCGGAGGACCAGCCCGCGGACGCUGAGAGCAAGAGUGAACUUGAUGCUGGUGAGCCUCAAAUCCGUUUAGGUCGUCUCUACUUGUAUAGUUUCAAUGCGCACACAUCUGUGCAUGAUGUUCGCCUGUGCCCUGGGCAUAUCCCGUGUUCUGACUGGCGUGUGAAUUCUCUUCUCAGGUGCCAUGCCCCAGUGGCUGGCCAUGCCCUCUUGGGUGUGGCAGAUGCUGGUGGGUCCAUAGAACUGCUCCGCUUGGUGGAAUCUGAGAACGCUUACGCACUGCAGCGGUCCUCCAGCUUUGCGCUGGACAAGCAGUGUCUGGCGUUGUCUCUGGAUUGGUCCACUGGGAAAACUAGAAGGGCCGGUGACCAGCCCUUGAAAAUCAUUAGCAGCGACUCCAAGGGGCAGCUCCACCUGCUAGAGGUGAAUAAGGAGGGGCCUGGGCUGCAGGAGGUGAGCACGUGGCAAGCCCAUGACUUUGAGGCCUGGAUUGCUGCUUUCAAUUACUGGCAGACAGAAAUCGUCUAUUCAGGUGGGGACGAUGGCCUUCUGAGAGGCUGGGACACCAGGAUACGUGGCACAUCUGUGUUCUCUAGCAAGAGGCACUCCAUGGGUGUGUGCAGCGUCCACAGCAGCCCGCAUCAGGAGAGCAUCCUGGCCACGGGAAGCUACGACGAGCACAUCCUGCUGUGGGACACUCGGAACAUGAAGCAACCUUUUGCGGACAUGUCCGCGGAGGGCGGAGUGUGGAGGCUCAAGUGGCAUCCUUUCCACCAGCACCUGCUCCUGGCAGCGUGUAUGCAUAGUGGCUUUAAGAUCUUCAACUGCCAAAAGGCAAUAGAGGAGAAGCAGGAAGCCUGCACAGUCUCUGCCUCCCACACAUUGCCCAGCUCAUUGGUGUAUGGAGCUGACUGGUCCUGGCUCCACGUCCACAAUCCACUACAGACCUGCCAGUCCUGCUCGGGUUCCUUCCCCUGCAGCAACUCAGGAGCCAAAGCAGCACAUCUCUCAGACCUGCAGGCUGUACACCAGUCACGAGCACGCUCUUAUGACCAGUUAGCAGAGUGCGGUAAAGAAGGUCACACCAGACUUCAGAGCGGAAGCAAACGGAGGACUUCUGUCCAGGCACUCACAGAGGACAUGAUGAAGAAAGGUGAGAGCCAGCUGCACACUGCAGGGACCACGGCUUGUGACUGUGACAUCAACUUCCUAGUUACUUGCUCCUUUUAUGAUCAUAUCCUUCACCUCUGGAAGUGGGAAAACAUCUGAGCUGGGGACAAGGGUGCCCAGCUUGAAGUCAAAGACCAUUUCCACAAAUAAAGCCCAGAGUGCGACUCUGUGAGUGAACUGCCGUCAGCCCAUCUCACUGA